AUGGACAAAGGCACGCCGCUCAGGGUAGGUGGAGAAAGCGCCAACCCUGUACUGUCUCCGGGCCGGGACUGCGCCUGUGCGUCGCACCGCCUAGUGCGUCAUACCAGGCGCCAACCCAGGCCGCCCCGGGCUCCAAGUCUGGUGGCUAGAGCGGCCCGGACAGCUCGCCUCCUCCCGGAUAGAGCGUCGCUUCCGCUUAGAGCCGCGUGUGACCUUCCCGCUUGCGGAGCUAUGCUGCCGGCGGCGGCUAGCCGCCUGUGGGGGCCGCGGCUUCGACUCGGGGGAGCAGCGCUUGUCAGGCUACAGAUGCCCGGUGUCUGUGCAGCGCGGCAGUUGAGAAGCAGCAGCCACCGAAGGAGUGAAGCACUCGCCGGUGCACCCCUGGAUAAUGCCCCCAAGGAAUAUCCCCCCAAGAUCCAGCAGCUGGUCCAAGACAUUGCUAGUCUUACGCUCCUGGAGAUCUCAGACCUCAACGAACUCCUGAAGAAAACAUUGAAGAUCCAGAAUGUUGGCCUUAUGCCAAUGGGUGGCAUGGUGCCUGGUGCCGUCCCUGCUGCAGCCCCAGCCCCUGAGGCGGCUGAGGAAGAAGACAUCCCCAAACAGAAAGAACGAACACACUUCACUGUCCGCCUGACAGAAGCAAAGCCUGUGGACAAAGUGAAGCUGAUCAAGGAGAUCAAGAACUAUGUGCAGGGUAUAAAUCUUGUCCAGGCCAAGAAGCUGGUGGAGUCCCUGCCCCAGGAAAUCAAAGCUAAUGUCGCCAAAGCUGAGGCAGAGAAGAUCAAAGCAGCCUUGGAGGCAGUGGGUGGCACUGUGGUUCUGGAGUGAAACAGUUAUGAGGACUUAUGGACUAGAGUCCCUGGGAUCCGGGCAAAGCCUGCUCACCCCGCUUCACUCCCUGGCGGUGCGUUAGGAGCAACAGCUACUGACGCUAGUGACCCAGGUCUCCUGAGAGAGGGACAGGAUGGACCUACUGUGAUGGGGUGGGGCGGUGACAACCUUUGCAGAACUCUCAAGAGAUUGCCUUGGGAAAUUACCAAGUGAAUACACCCUCUGGUGGCUACUGAGAAAAUACACUGUUCAGGCUGGGUGUG